AUGGCAGCCGAACCCACCCGCAAGCGCAAGCGCAACCAGGAAGAGGCUAUCGCGAAGAUAAAAAAGGGGAAGGCCGCGAAGAAGGGCGCCAAGAAGAAGAAGGGUUCAGAUGACGAUUCUGACUUUGACGACGUUAUGGACAUGUACAAGAAGAUAAAACCGCUGCCUGGUCAGUUGGAGAAUUGUGAGGUCUGCAGCAAGAGGUUCACGGUUACACCAUACAGCAAGGCUGGUCCAGAUGGCGGUUUGCUGUGUGCAAAGUGCGGCAAGGAGAUGGCGAAAGAAGCCAAAGCCACCGUACAGUCGAGCAAGCCAGCUGUGCGCAAAGGCAGGAGGAAGAUCGAGAGCAACCGUCUGGAUGGUCUGACCUUCCGCGGAGCGAAGUCACUGCAGCAACUUUGCAUAAACACCUUGGCCACGCACGCCGACGACAUUGAGGAAUUCGGCGACAUGCCUGAGCCCAUCUUGAAUAGGCUGAGCGAGAUCUUCUCAAAGAAACGUGCGAUGAAGUCGAACACAUUCAAGUUGUUUCUACAACCUGACCUGGACGUGGUCGCUAUUCACGAAGCAGCGUAUUUGGAGACCGAAGACUAUGAUCAGAUCUUCGCAGUUGUCCCGCAUGUGAAAAGGCUCUCUUUGCGUAACUGCUGUCAGUUCAAGGACAGUAACGUGGACUAUAUGAUCGACAAGGCUAAGAACCUGGCUGACAUACAACUUCUCGGAGCCAACCUUGUGUCCAAUGACAAGUGGAUGGACCUCUUCAUCGCCCGUGGCCACGAUCUUAGGUCGCUAAAGCUCGAGUGGCUCGACGCUGCAUUCGACGAUCAAGCAGUUGAGGCACUUACAACCUUCUGUCCGAAUCUAGAGCGCCUCAAACUAGAGCGGUGCAAACAGAUUGGACCUGACAGUAUCGACGCCAUCGCCCGCCUCGAGAAGUUACAGCACCUUACCCUCUGCUACCAGAAAAACAUUCCACGCGAUCGCGUCGUGAAUCUCAUCGCACACGUGGGUCCAGGCCUCCGCACUCUCUGCCUGGAGCGCUUCAUCGAUGCCGAAAACGAGGACGGGCUCACAGACGACCUCAUCGAUGUGAUCGGCAUUACCUGCACACGCCUUGAGAAACUACGGUUCAGCGAGAACAACGAGUGUUCGGACGCCGGAUACGUGAACCUCUUCACAGAGUGGCCAAACCCGCCGCUCCGAUACAUCGACAUCAACAGCACCCGCGACAUAGACAACGCCAAUCCCGAUGGCCCAGAGGACCCCGUUGGCCUCGCUUCCGCAGGAUUUCACGCCUUGAUGCAGCACUCCGGCUCCAAGCUCGAGUACCUCGACAUCUCUUCAUGCCGCCACAUUAGCCACGAGACGUUCGCACACAUCUUCUCAGCCGAGCAGACGUGGCCGUGUCUCCGAGAGAUAAACCUCAGCUUCUGUCCGGUGGUCGACACCCAGGUUGUUGCGGGCAUCUUCAGAAGCUGUCCACAGAUCAAGAAGGUCGUUACGUUUGGUUGCUUCGAGGUGCAGGAGGUGGUGGUGCCGCGGGACAUUGUGCUUAUCGGCGCACCGCGAGCACAGGACGCGAUUGAGCAGUUCGGGCAAGUCGUCAUGGAUUUCCAGAAGGAGUUCAGUGGCAUGGAGAAUCCAACAGGGAUGAGUCGUAUCGUGCCCGUCAUGUCUUGA